AUGAAUAAAACAGAUAAUCUUUCAGAGAAAAUACCUUUGAAUGUAAAUUGUAUUCGCCUAUUGAACUGCGAACUCGUUAUCGCCACUGACAACUGUCCAAAGACAUUGCCAGGAUCACUUCCAAACACUCUUGAAAAGAUAACUAUCUACAAUCGUCUCAAUGAGUAUGCCCUACCAAGCAGUGUUAGAACCAUGUAUUUCAAUUGCGAUGAACAGCAAUUUAUUCCUCGAUUGUUCCUCACUCUUGCACUCAGAAAUAUAUUCAUUGAUGACUUUAUUCUCAACAACAUGAAAGAUCCUUCAACUCAACAAUAUGUUAAAAAGUAA